AGAGCGCCUGUCUCCGCGGCCAGCACCGCUGCAGCAACGGGAACUGCAUCAGCAGCGUCUGGCGGUGUGACUUCGACAACGACUGCGGAGACCUGAGCGACGAGAGGAACUGCCCUACUACCGUGUGUGACCCAGAGACGCAGUUCCGCUGCCAGGAGUCGGGGACCUGCGUCCCGCUCUCCUACAAGUGUGACCUGGAGGACGACUGUGGCGACAACAGCGACGAGAGCCACUGUGAGACGCACCAGUGCCGGGACGACGAGUACAACUGCAGCUCGGGCCUGUGCGUCCGCGCCUCCUGGGUGUGCGACGGCGACAAUGACUGCAGGGACUGGUCCGACGAAGCCAACUGCACGGCCGUCUACCACACCUGUGAGGCGUCCAACUUCCAGUGUCGCAACGGGCACUGCAUCCCCCGGCGCUGGGCCUGCGACGGGGACCUGGACUGCCAGGACGGCUCCGACGAGGACCCCGCCAGCUGCGAGAAGAGGUGCAACGGCUUCCGCUGCCCGAACGGCACCUGCCUCCCCUCCAGCAAGCACUGCGACGGCCUGCGGGACUGCGCGGACGGCUCCGACGAGCAGCGCUGCGAGCCACUCUGCACCCGCUUCAUGGACUUCGUGUGCAAGAACCGCCAGCAGUGCCUGUUCCACUCCAUGGUGUGUGACGGGGUGGUGCAGUGCCGGGACGGCUCGGACGAGGACGCUGCCUUUGCAGGCUGCUCCCAAGACCCCGAGUUCCACAAGGAUUGUGACGAGUUCAGUUUCCAGUGUCAGAACGGCGUGUGCAUCAGUGUGGUCUGGAAGUGCGACGGCAUGGACGACUGCGGCGACUACUCGGACGAAGCCAGCUGUGGGGAGGCCGCAGAAAACCCCACCGAAGCCCCCAACUGCUCCCGCCACUUCCAGUUCCGGUGUGAGAACGGCCGCUGCAUCCCCAGCCGGUGGAGGUGCGACCGCGAGAACGACUGCGGGGACUGGUCCGACGAGGAGGCCUGUGCAGAUUCACACAUUCUCCCCUCCCCCACUCCUGGGCCUGCCACAUGUCCACCUAAUUACUUCCGCUGCAGCGGCGGGGCCUGCGUGAUGGACAUCUGGGUGUGCGAUGGCUACCGGGACUGCGCGGACGGCUCGGACGAGGAAGCCUGCCCUUCGCCCGCCGGUGUUACUGCUGCCUCCGUGCCCACCCAGCUUGGGCAAUGUGACCGGUUUGAGUUCGAGUGCCACCAGCCAAGGAAGUGCAUCCCCAACUGGAAGCGCUGUGAUGGCCGUCGCGACUGUCCGGGAGGCCAGGACGAGGCCGGCUGCCCCACACGCGGUGCCCUGGCCUGUGCGAGCGGCGAGUUCCCAUGUGCGGACGGUGAGGCCUGCCUGCGGCCCUCGGAGCGCUGUGACGGCUUCCUGGACUGUGCGGAUGAGAGCGACGAGCAGGCCUGCAGCGAUGAACUGACUGUGUACAUGCAGCACCUGCAGUGGACGGCCGACUUCUCUGGGGAUGUCACUUUGACCUGGAUGCGGCCCAAGAAGAUGCCUUCUGCUUCCUGUGUGUAUAAUGUCUACUACAGGGUGGUGGGGGAGAGCCUCUGGAAGACCCUGGAGACCCACAGCAACAAAACCAACACGAGGCUCCGAGUCCUGAAGCCGGACACCACGUACCAGGUGAAGGUGCAGGUGCAGUGCCUGAGCAAGGUGCACAGCACCAACGACGUCCUAACGCUGCGGACCCCCGAGGGGCUGCCCGACGCCCCUCGGAACCUCCAGCUGUCCCUGCCCCGGGACGAGGAAGGAGCGAUUGUGGGCCACUGGGCCCCUCCCGCCCACAGCCAGGGCCUCGUGCGAGAGUACAUUGUGGAGUACAGCAGGAGCGGCUCCAGGACCUGGGCCUCCCAGAGGGCGGCGAGCAACGUCACGGAGAUCAGGAACUUGCUGGUCGGCGCUCAGUACACCGUCAGGGUGGCUGCGGUGACGAGCCGUGGAAUAGGAAACUGGAGCGACUCCAAAUCCAUCACCACCACACGGGGAAGAGUGAUCCCUCCUCCGGACAUCCACAUCGACGGCUGCACCGAGAGUUCUGUGAGCUUCACCCUGACCACGCAGAGCGACGUCCAGGUGAAUGGCUACGUGGUGAACCUCUUUUGGGCAUUUGACACUCACAGACAAGAGAAGAGGACUUUGAACUUUCGAGGGAGCAUGUUGUCCCACAAAGUGGGCAAUCUGACAGCGCAGACAUCGUACGAGAUUGCCGCCUGGGCCAGGACCGACCUAGGGGACAGUCCUCUGGCAUUCGAGCACAUCGUGACCAAAGGAGUCCGCCCUCCGGCUCCCAGCCUCAAAGCCAAAGCCCUUAACCAGACGGCUGUGGAAUGCACCUGGACUGGGCCCCGGGAUGUGGUGUAUGGCAUCUUCUAUGCCACGUCCUUCCUUGACCUCUAUCGGAACCCGAAGAGCUUGACGACUUCGCUCCACAACAAGACAGUCACUGUUGGGAGGGACGAGCAGUACUUGUUUCUGGUCCGUGUGGUGGUGCCUUACCAGGGGCCGUCCUCCGACUCGGUGGUGGUGCGGAUGAUCCCGGACAGCAGGCUCCCGCCCCGCCACCUGCACACAGUGCGCACGGGCAAGACCUCCGCUGUGAUAAAGUGGGAGUCCCCGUAUGACUCCCCUGACCAGGACUUGUUGUAUGCAAUUGCAGUCAAAGAUCUAAUAAGAAAGAGCGACAGGAGCUACAAAGUGAAGUCCCGGAACAGCACUGUGGAAUACACCCUGAACAAGUUGGAGCCCGGAGGGAAAUACCAUGUCGUUGUCCAACUGGGGAACAUGAGCAAAGAUGCCAGCAUAAAAGUCACCACAGUUUCAUUGUCAGCACCUGAUGCCUUAAAAAUCAUCACAGAGAAUGACCACGUCCUCCUGUUUUGGAAAAGUCUAGCUUUGAAGGAAAAGUAUUUUCAGGAGAGCAGGGGCUACGAGAUACACGCGUUCGAUAACGCCAUGAACACCACGGCUUACCUCGGGAACACGACCGACAAUUUCUUCAAAGUCUCCAACCUGAAGCUGGGUCACAAUUACACGUUCACCGUGCGAGCCAGCUGCCUCCUGGGCAGCCAGCUCUGUGGGGAGCCGGCUGUGCUGCUCUUCGAUGACCUGGGGUCAGGUGGGGAUGCGUCAGCGCUUCAGGCUGCCAGGGCUCCCGACGUGGCUGCCGUGGUGGUGCCUGUCCUGUUCCUGGUCCUGCUGAGCCUGGGGGUCGGCUUUGCCGUCCUGUAUGCCAAGCACCGGCGGCUGCAGGGCAGCUUCACCGCCUUCGCCAACAGCCACUACAGCUCCCGGCUGGGCUCGGCCGUCUUCUCCUCGGGCGACGACCUGGGGGAGGAUGACGAAGACACUCCGAUGAUAACUGGAUUUUCCGACGACGUCCCCAUGGUGAUAGCCUGAGAGAGCUCCUUUCCUCGCGAGAAACCAAAUGGUGUAAAUAUUUUAUUUGAUAAAGAGAGUUGAUGGUUUAUUUUAAAAGAUGCA